AGACUGCGCAAGCGCUCGAGGAGGGGGAGGUGGUGUGGUGUCUACCGGAGCCGGGGAAGCUGGACCAACCGAAUUCUUCUGUCCUCUACUUCCUCCUCUUCCUCUCCCUCUCUGCCUCCUCCUCACUGACUGCAGCCUAGCGCCCCCAGGCUCGUAGGCAGCCUCCUCCUCACUGGAGCUUCACCACUGCCCCGGGAAGUAGGUGCCCUUGUCAUCCCCAUUUGGCAGUUUAAAAGAAAAAGAAAACUCUUGUAACACAUAUCCACAGACAAGCCAAACAAAUCCCCACAUUGCCUCAUUCUGCGUCUUGAAUCCAUCUUUGCAUCGGGAGGAGAUGAAGCAAGAUUCCUCUGGAAAUGCUGCCUACACUGUGGAUUGUGAGGAUUAUGUUCACGUGGUAGAAUUUAAUCCCUUUGAGUGUGGUGAUGCGGGAACCUUAAUUGCAUAUGGUGGCAAUAAUUAUGUGGUCGUUGGCACUUGUACGUUUCAGGAGGAGGAGGCAGAAGUGGAUGGGAUCCAGUAUAGAACACUGAGAACGUUUCACCAUGGCCUCAGAGUUGAUGCCAUCGCAUGGAGCCCAGAGACCAGGCUCGAUGCCUUACCUCCAAUGAUCAGAUUUUGUACUGCAGCUGCUGAUAGGAAGUUGAGACUAUUCACUUCAGAUCUUCAGGAUAAAAAUGAAUACAAGGUUUUAGCCGGUCAUUCAGAUUACAUAAAUGAUUUGGUGUUUGCUCCCAAAGAAGGCCAAGAGAUUGCAAGUGUGAGUGAUGAUCAUACAUGCAGGGUCUGGGACUUAGAAGGGAGUCAGAAAGCUCACUUUGUUCUCCGCUCCCCUGGAAUGAGUGUCUGCUGGCAUCCUGAGGAAGCGUGUAAGUUGAUGGUUGCAGAGAAGAAUGGAACAAUCAGAUUCUAUGAUCUCAUUACCCAACAGGCUAUCCUGUCUCUGGAAUCUGAACAGACACCAUUAAUGUCAGCACACUGGUGUUUAAGAAACACCUUCAAAGUUGGUGCUGUUGCAGGAAAUGAUUGGUUAAUCUGGGAUAUUACUCGGUCCAGUUAUCCUCAGGAUAAGAGACCUGUCCAUAUGGAUCGAGCCCACUUAUUCAGGUGGUCGACAGUUAACGAGAACCUAUUUGCAACUACUGGCUACCCGGGCAAAAUGACGACUCAACUUCUGAUUCAUCAUUUGGGGCACCCUCAGCCCAUCCUCAUUGGUUCUUCAGCUGUGGGAUCUGGUCUGUCCUGGCACCGGACUCUCCCUCUUUGUGUGAUGGGAGGUGACCACAAGUUAUUAUUUUGGGUGACUGAGAUGUAAAACAAUAUCUUCUUUGUACGCUAAGUUCUCAAACUAUAUUUUUAAUAAAUAUUUUGGUCAGAAUCCUUAUUUUUUAUAUUUCAAAUAUACCUUAAACAGUCAGAUGUUUUUAAUACUAA